AUUUACAAUUAGCUAAAAGAUGCGGAUCUAUGGCAACGGGAUGUAGUAACUAAGGUUGUGUAUGGCUUUUAUGGCAUCAGCUUUCAACAAGAAACCGUGAUCAUGCCACAGUUGAUAGCAAUUAGGUCUCAAAUGAUACAUGAAUAAUAAAAAACAAUUUGAUAUUACGUGUUACAUUUACACGUCACACGUCAGCACGUCUGAUACAGACGAGUCGUUUGUAACAACCGUUCUUAAUUAAAGAGGGUGGAUUAAUCGCGAGGAAUGCCUCUAGCGAGGGAACGAGCAGGCUCUACGGCAUCCAAGACCAGUUGGAAGAGCAAGCCACCACCCGUCGGUGAAGAACCCCAUAGUCGAGAACCAAGCCUUCUGUCUGCCGAUAAGGAUAUUGGUGAAAAACACGGGUUGUUCCCAAGAAUGAGUUUUAAAAGAGGCAAAACUCCAAAGUGCAGCCCUUCAGUCCAAGAGCACGCAGAAAAGAGCCAAUGUGAGGAAAUUGAGCGAUCUCUCGCAACUCUUAUUCGUCUUGCUGCCAACCCAGAGUGCAUUAGUUUUCUGCUGGAUGGCCUUGACCUGUGUAUGCACAAGGUGAUGCUACUCUCUGAUACGACAGAAUGUGAGAGGGUUGAGCUAGCAGUCAGUGACCUCUUUUCUCAGAUUAUUCUAACUUGCAGUGAAGAUAUAAACUCCAGCUUAAAGCUAAUUGAAAAACACAAUAAGUUGCAACGCAUCUCGAAGCUCCUCCUAACUGCCAUGGACCUGUUAAGAGGUCGACAAUCGUUACAUUUCACUGCGUUAAUGGUUAUGAACCAGAUACUCGACCUAUGUAUUAUAAAUCAUGGAUAUAUGUCUACAGAACUACAAACGGAAUAUUUCCUUCAUGAACAACAAGAGUACAAAAGUCAUCUGGUGUCAGAUGCAGAAGGAAAUAAAACACCACUGAGGAAAGCAGAUUCUACACUCUCUGGAUCAGGGAGUUCCCAAUCCCCUCAACAUAGAAAACACUCCCUUCGGAAGCAUCAGGAAGAAUCUACAUGUACCAAUAAUAAAGAACUCCAUCGCCAAUGUGCAAUUGAUGUAUCCCCAAGUGCAUCGCCAAAUUUGGAUCACCAGAAACAGGAUGAUAAAAGGGUGAGCUUUGAGCCUGACCCUAAACAUGAAAGGUUGUCCUCAGAAAGCUCUAUGAUUUCCCAGGAUCUUAGCACCCCUCUAGGGGCCAUUAGUACUGAGCAGACACCCCUGGAUAUACUCACAGAUAUGGAUCCUGCUCAGAUAUUACAUGUCUUACACAACUCUAUUACAAUGCAUAAACGCAUCACUGGCAACAGACAGAAAUGUACACCUAGUGUACGCUGGAGACACUGUACUUAUCAUUGUUUAACUAUAUUAAGUGCCAGAGUUUUAACAGUUAUGUGUUAUGGAGCAUCAGUCCAGCAGAAAGUGGUCAAUGAGGGGCAUCUGAAGACUCUUGUAGAAUCUUUGGAUCCAAACCAUGAUCCACAUUUACUAUGUCUGAUCCUCCAAGCUCUGGCGUGUAUUGCUUUAAACCCUAACUUCCACACAUCCUUGACUGAAGCUGACAUUCCUGAUACGCUCAUGCAGCUUCUACUGCCUUCAGACGAAUGGUACUACACCAACCAUAGUACAAAGUAUGCCAAGUACGUCAAGUAUCAUGCUGCUAGGAUCCUCGUCUAUAUGGGACUCUUCCAUAGACUUGGCGGUCGAGUAGAUCUCUUUGACAUGAAAGUAUUCAAUACAAUGUCCCCCAAUCCAAUUCUACAGUCGCACUACAAUUCUGAGGACUCUUACAUAGAACAGAUGGCUCUUGGGAAGACCAUUGUGAAGUCUGAAAAUGGAGUGAUUCAAGCAGUGUCUCUAGAGGGGCUAGUUCAGGAGAUAAUUCAAGAUGUUACAAAGGAAGAGCUGCAGUUCAGCUAUAAACUGUUGCCAGGGAGAUGCAAGAGUGUUUCCUCGGAAUAUGAGUCCACUAAGACAGAAAUUGAAAUCUAUGAAGAAAUAAUACAUGAGUUAAACCAGAAACCCCUACAGGAGUUUUUCUUCACUGCGGUGCCACUUUUAGUACAUCCAAUAAUAAUUCUUCGCCUUAUGUGCCACAAAAUGUUCUCGAAAAUGGUGCGUAGGAAAACAAAACAAGAAGGUGCCCUUCAACCCCCUAAAGUGGAAGAUAUUAAAAGUUGUCCUCCAAGGACUACUCCUCAAUCCCCCACUGAACAAUCUCCAGAAGCACUGGCUAAAAGAAGGAAAGCUAAUCUUCAUGUUCAGAUCGCUGAACCUGUUGUUCCAAAAUCUGAACCAGACACCACGUCUUAUCAUUCUAAGCAUCGUGGAUCCCGAAGUUCAAUGGAGCGUGAAAUAACAAAAUUUUCUGGCUCAAUAAAGUGUAAAAAUAAUGGAACAACCAGUUAUGCCUUAAAAGCAAUAGGGGAUAGUCUAAUAACCCCGAUUGAUGCUGCUAACCUUUCCCCUCCUCAAUCCACUUCUGUAGAUGCAACAACAGACAACAUAAGAGGGAAAAGUAUAUUCCGUUGGCCAAGUUUAAAAAAACAGCAAAAAGCUAAAUCACAUGGGAACUUAAUGGUUGGCUCAAAGUCUCAUGAUGGCGGCUUCCCACCUCAACAGGAGAUAGAUGAGACCGAUGUUGACACGUUGGACACCUCAUUGUGUUUCCCUUUGGAGGAUAAGGAUACUGACAUAUUAGCUUUUCAAAGGGAGUUAAUAAACCUACCAACCUUUGAACUUGAUACACCCAAGGUUGACCCAAUCUCACCCGCAUUGAUCACUAAAUCCAGCUCUGUCCCACAUUGCCUAGAUGCCUUGCCAGUAUCCAUCACAGUGCAACAUACAAGUAGAGAUAUAUCAACAUCAUUAAAUGAUGGCCAUAUUGGUCGAAAAGCUCAAGUGAUGAAGCUGCAACAAGAUAUUGAGCAGCUGAAUAUUAAAGAUGAAAACCAGGAUAUUGUAGUUCAUUUUGCAGCUGCCUCUCCAAAUGCCUCUCCAUGUGAAAGUCCAGCUUCGGGUCGCUUAUCCAAUGAUGAUAAUGAAACACCCCCAAUGGUGCUAGCUAAGAAACGUGAUUCUUUAUCUCCAAUGGAUCCAGUACCUGGAAAUAAUGUGUCUCCUUCGCAGAAAUUAGAAACAAUUAACUCGCCAACAAAACUUGUGAAAUCUCCAUCGGGUGGGCCACCAUUAUCCCCAAAUCAGUUAGUGCCACUGAGUUUACCUUUGUCACCAGCCCUGUCUGCUUGUACGUCACGCUCCAGUAGGUCGAAUGCCACAAGUCCGAGCACCGAGAUGCCCCCCUAUCACAGAGCUGUCAUGACAGUCAUAGAGACAUGGGUGGAUAUUUGCAGUUGUGAUUUAGAGUCAACAGUUACAGUGCAACGAGAGAUGAAAGACUUUCUCGCAAAGAUGGGAGGCUUGGGUAGUGAAUACAAAACAUGGUGCCAGAGAAUAUCAAGCCUUCUGAAGCUCGAGGAGCUUGAGAUGAAGAAGACAAUACCAGAAGCAAGUGAAGCCACAGACAUUAAUGUUACAUACAAACAGUUGCAACAACUCGUAGUAAGUGGUGAAAUACCAUGUACCAAAGAGGAGUCUGCUCAUUUGGCUGCUAUACAACUCCAUGUAGACGAAGCCUGGCCUGAGGAUGAUAACAUCCUGGACAAAGAUGGCGGCUACACAUCAGGGGAAGAUAAUCCCCAGGAUAAAGAUCAACAUAGUGAACAAUUACAAAAUUUAAAUCGUAAAAAGGAGCUAAUUAGAACUCAAAGGGCAAAAAAGAUUGCUAGCUCUCGUAGGAAGGGCAAAUCUUUAUCAAAACAUUUAGGAUGUCUUUCUGAUCAUGCUGAUGAGGAAUUUAGGACUUACCGCUCAAAUGUUGAGCAUAAAGAUCUAAGUCGCUGUUUGCCGCCAGAUUACAGGGAAUCUCGGAAGGUGAAAGAUCUGAUUAAGGAAAAGCAGAAGAAAUUGUGGCACACCCUGUAUUAUGACAGUGAGUUAAAACUGAAGCAGCUCUAUAUCAAAAUCUGCAAGAACUUGCCCACUUAUGGCUGUAAACUGUACCAGGUUAAAGAAAUCAUCAGAGGAAAUACUCAUAAAAAGAUUGCCAGAAUUCUAGGCAUCAGCACUGAGAAAAUGAUUCUCUUAGACAAUAAAACCAAAUCUUUAACUCGCUCGGAGAUCAUUACAAACCUCUAUGACUGGAGCACAGUUGGAGGGAAGAUUCACGAUGGGUUAAAGUUCGAAUUUAGAGGCACAAAACCAUGGACGUUGAUCACAUCGUCGCAGGAGAGUCUGAAAAAUGUGACGACGUCACUCUGGGAGGCAAUGGACCUGAGUGGACGGAUUAUGGACAGCAUGACUCAAAGUGGCUUAGAUUUUGCUGACUUCAGUCAAAGAGCUUUAACUAUGGGACCUGAGGUAGACUCCUGUACCCAGUAUACGAAGGAGCUUGAUAGUUACCAGAAACUUCUCCACUUCCCCGAGGAAGUAGCCCUAUUAAUCACUGAGAAGGAGUACCAGUUAUUUUAUAAAAUUCCCCCUGCGUAUUACAUACGCCAAGUGACCAUGGAGCUGUCAAAAACAUGUCUGAGUAAUAAGUCAAGGACUGUACAGGAUCUGGUUCAGAGAUUUAAUGCUGUGAGCUCCUGGGUGACCCACCUAAUCAUCACCCAACCUACACACGAGGAUAGGAAAGCAGUUGUCUCUUGUGUUUUACGAUUGGCUAAUUCUUGCUGGAACCUUGGCAAUUUCAAUGCCACAGCGGAGAUCUUAGCAGGACUCAAGUCAGAAAAAUUGAAACCAUUUUGGUUGUCUAUCAAAAACACAGCAUUGCUCACCUUAGAGAGUUUAACAGAUGCCAUGCUUACUAGAGAGCUUUCACCGGAGUAUAGGGACGCAGUAGCUCGAGGACUAGACAUACCAGCUUGUAAAGUGGUGCCAUUCUUUGGGGGAUUUUUACGGGACUUACGUGCAGUAUUGACAAGUUUGCCUUCAAUUGUUGUGUUACCAACAGAGGAUAGUUUAAAUGUAGAGAGUGUCUCUGACUACAAUGGAGAAGACAGAUUCAUGACUCGCAUAGGAGUUGGUGGUCUUAUAAACUUUGAUAAAAUCCAACAGGCCCAUUUGGUGUUGAAUGACAUUCAGUUAUUCCAUGACCACGCACAUCAACAGACAUUCCAGAGCCAGUCCAAGGCCAACCUCAUUGUAGAGGAAAUUGAUGAGACUCAGGAAACCAGGGUAUCAGAUGAUUCAGAGGACGACUCGGAGGACGAGGAUUAUGAAUCAGACUAUGACCUAGAUAUAGACAAUUAUCAGCCAAUCAAAUCCAUCCAUAAUCAACAUGGAGUAAUGUUGAUUCCUACAGGCCUGACGUGUAGUAUAAACCUCCAUAAGCUGCAGUGUAUGCACCAUGGCGUCACUGCCAUUCACUGGUUAGAGGAGGGCUCAAGAUCUUCACGCUCUUAUUUAAAACUAGAAAAUGACAAUGGAACAUUAACAUGGUGUAAACCUUUCUGGAGUCCAUUAAGAUCAGGCACUCAGCCAGAUUACGCCCUCAAAGAUAAUUUUGAUUGGCCAAUAUCACCUGGCUUGAGCAUGAAGUAUGCCUUUGGUGAGCAAGUGACGGAUAAUCUAGAGGAGGGGUUUGUGGAUAUAUCUAUAAUCAAAGAGAUUCGACUUGGACAAACUGUGAUAGACUUAGCUACAAUAACAAAACGUUAUAAUUUAGAGGAUGUGUCACAUGAGCGUAAUUGUAUCUCAAUCCUCUAUGGAAGCAAUGUAUCAGAUAAUCGCUCGCUACAUUUUGCCCUGCCUGAUAGGUUGGCCAAUUUAUGGUACAAGGGUCUCAGGUCACUAGUGAAGGUGUCUCAACUCCAGAAGAGACACACAGAUAGACGGUUGCUAUGGUUAAAGGAGCAAUAUCUACAGUUAUUCUAUGAGGAUGUUAAAUGCCAAGGACCUACACCAGCUGAAGCUAUUAAGAUAUUCGGAGGGAGAAAGUGGGUCAGCAAUAUGCAGUCAGGGAUUCCACCUAGUGAGGGUCUCAAACGAACUCCCAGUUUUGGGGUUCAUGGUAAAAUACUCAAGAAAAAGGGUACCACUCUUAGCACAAUCAAGGAUUUCAGUCCUAAGUCGUCCAACAACAGUCUUGAUAGCCUUGGCUUGGAGAGCAGUCAAUCGAGAUCAGAUUCUAGUGUUAAACAGAGUGGGAAGGCUCCAGAUAGUCCAGUCACAAAAUCUAAGUCUGAUAGCUCUAUACUGAAUAAUAACAAUGACUUUAAUGUGACCUCACUUUAUAAAGGUCAAAGUCAGUCAAAUACAUUCCGACCUCGUGGGUUUUCUCAAAACCUGACGGUUGCCUACAGGGCAAGACAGAAGUUCUCCUUAGGGAGUCGCACUAUGGAUGGCAAGUCCUUGCUUACACAUUCCACCUGCCUAGACUUUCUAGAUUUUAUGGAUUUGUUUAAAUCAUUCUCAAUAAGAUGUCGGAAGGAUUUGAAGGAUUUGUUCGAGCAGUUUGCAGUUGAGGAACCUCGUGUUGAAAUUGCAUUCCCAUCAGCCCCUGAGCACAUGUGGUGUGCUAAAGAAGCAGGUCUCAUCACAAGAAAUAGUCCCUUGGAUGAGGAGGCUGCUGAAAGUUCACGUAGAAAGAUGACAGAUGCCCUAGCCGUUUCCAGUAUUGUAUCUAAUGGUUCUGGCAUUCAGUCGUCUAAUAGUAGGUGUCUGGGCCUAAUGGAGAUACGAGAGUUCCUUGAAGACUAUCAGGAGGACAUGGUCUCUGAUGAAGACAUCAUUCACAUCAUACAGAGAUUUGAACCUGAUCCUGAACUACGCCGUCAAUAUAGCUUAUCAUUUGAGGGGUUUGCCUGCUAUGUCAUGGACAAGAACAACUAUGCCUUCAUUAAUGAACAUGUCACACAAACAUCAGAGGACAUGGACCACCCACUUUCCCACUACUAUAUAGCAUCAUCUCAUAACACAUACCUCACUGGUCAUCAACUGAAGGGAGAGUCUUCAGUUGAAAUAUACAGUCAGAUUUUACUGACUGGCUGUAGGUGUGUAGAGCUUGACUGCUGGGAUGGGGAAGAUGGAUAUCCCAUCAUAUACCAUGGACAUACACUUACCACUAAGAUCUCAUUCAAGGAAGUGGUUGAAGCAAUCAAUAAAAGCGCAUUUGUGACAAGCCCCUACCCUGUCAUCAUAUCCAUAGAGAACCACCUGUCUAUCCCACAACAGCAGAAAAUGGCCCAGACAUUCAUUAAUGUGUUUGGAGAGAAACUGGUGACAAAAUUCCUAUUUGAGACAGAUUUUGUGGAUGACCCUGUGCUACCCUCCCCCAAUCAGCUGAAGUACAAGAUACUCAUUAAGAACAAAAAACUGAGAAUGCACCAGCCUAGACAGCUAAAACAAAGGUCAGCAUCUGCCCAACUUGAACAAGGUCCAUUUGAAUAUGAUGACGACGAUGAAGAUGAAGAGGAAGAUGAUGAAACUGAUAAUGUAAAGGAAAUCACAUAUGUAGCCAGGAAACCAGGAGA